AUGGGAGUGCGCAAAGACGGCAUAACUUGGAGGCGUGGCCAGGGCGCGGACCAAUGACGGAAGGGCGGCCGCACCAUCAGUGUGGGCUGUGCCGUGGCUGGAAGUUACUGUGCGGCGGCGGCUAAGAAGGCGGCUGUGGUGGCGGUGGCGGCGGCUGAGGCGGUGGCUGAGGCGGCGACGGAGAAAACGGAAGAUGAUUUUUUGAAAGGACUGCCUGUCUACAACAAAAGCAAUUUUAGUCGAUUUCAUGCUGACUCUGUGUGCAAAGCCUCGAACCGACGUCCCUCAGUCUACCUGCCCACUCGGGAGUACCCGUCCGAACAGAUUAUUGUGACAGAAAAAACAAACAUUCUUUUGCGCUACCUACAUCAGCAAUGGGACAAAAAGAAUGCCGCCAAGAAGAGAGACCAGGAGCAAGUGGACCUAGAGGGUGAGAGCUCGGCGCCCCCCCGCAAGGUCGCACGGACCGACAGCCCGGACAUGCACGAGGACACUUAAGACUCACGCUUCCCCACAGGCGCCUCCUGUCUUGUCUGCUCCUCGCCCGCCCGCCUUGUGUAAGCGUCCCCCCCAGCCCUCCGCCGGCCCGCCCAUGCCCCACCGUCCACACCACUUCCAACCUCAUAGGAGCCGAUGUAUUUAUUUUCCUUGAGUUUUUAUUUAUGCUGUAAAAUGUACCAAGCGAUGGUUAAAGGGGACGUCAGACCCAGUAGUGUGAUGUUGGUAGAUGCUUUUUAAAAAAAAAAAAAAAACAUUGUUACUCAGCUCCCCUCCUCCAGAUCCCCCUCCUCUUGCCCCGCAGUUCUCCUCUGGAAAACUGGAGCGUGUCUGCGAGGGUCUAGAGCCGGGCCCCUGCUGCGGCUGGCCGGCAGGGGUGGGGGCCCUUCUCCCGGCUCCCACCAGCCGGUCCGGGCCUUAAAGACUUUGCCUUGUCUCGAGUUCCACCGGGACCUAUUCUGUGCCCAGACCUUGCUCUGAGCAUGAGUAAGGGGGAGAAGUCAGCCCUUCCGGAUCUUUCUCUUAAGUCAUUUUAUCAUGGACUAGUGCGUGCUCCGUGUCCACCCCAAUAAAAGGAUCUUUCCUACCCGA